AGAGUCAGUUUGUCUGCUGGCACCUUGUGCUGGUGUGUGCUGGGGGACAGGGAGGCCGUUCUGCAAUGGGGGGGGGCAAGGAAGGACGCUCUUUCCUCCAGGCUUGUGGAGAGCAGCUAAGAGUUAACCCUGUUCCUGGCGGCUGUGCUCCCUUGUAAACAUUGUUGUUGGCUUGCAGCCCACCCACCCCAAGCUUGCUGCUUCCAAUUAGCGGGUGGGUCUGUGUGCUCUCCAUGGUGGGCGCAUAGCCCUCCCUGCCUGCAGCCUGUCUGGAGCUGUGGCUCUCUGCUCAGCUUGGGGCCAUGGGCUUCAUCCACCAUCUCCUGCUGGCGGUGCUGCUGCUGCUGGUUGUCUUCUCCCCCCUGCCUGGGGAGGGUCAGCAGGUCAAGGUCCUCUUCACCCCCACCAUCUGCCACAUGCACUGCAGCAACGGGCACUGCAUUAACCGAUGUGAGCAGGGCAACGCUACCACUCUGUACAGCGGGGAGAACGCCAGGGCAGUGGAAGGGGCUUCUGGAUUUCGAGUCUUCCUGUGUCCCCUCAUCUGCCAAAAUGGGGGAGUCUGUCUCAAGAAGGACAAAUGCCUCUGCCCCCCCAAUUGGACCGGAAAGUUCUGCCACAUCCCAGCCUUUCCUUACCGCAGCCAGAGACAAGGCCCUGCUCACCCUGGAACUGAGUGGGAGCCGGAGAUCAGACGGCAGCAGUCCGUGCACACCCUCCCAAUCACCAACCACCAAUAUGAGCGAGAUGGUAUGGCGUCGCUGGUGAAUGUCCACGUGGAGCACCCGCCGGAGGCCUCGGUCACCAUCCACCAGGUGGAGCGAGUCAGCGAGGAGCUGCUAUCCAGCGACCCCAACGCCCUCCCGCCGUCCCGCCCAGCCCUCUCCGGCGUGUUGGCCCAGAGCAGCCGCCGGGAUCCUCAAGGCGGGUACGGUGAAACCUCCGGCUUCGGCUACUGCUUCCAGCAGCUGCACGGUGAAGAGUGCAGUGCCCCCCUGCCGGGGCUGCGCACGCGAGAGAUCUGCUGCCGUGGGUCCGGUGUCGCCUGGGGUGUUCACGGCUGUCUGCCUUGUGCCGAUGGUGGCGUGGGGGCUUAUGGGCCAGUUGGAAGGAAUGUGGUGGGCUGCCCCAGAGGGUUCCUGAGGCUGAAUAAUUCCUGUGUGGAUGUGGAUGAAUGCCAGGAGGGCAACUUCUGCCACAAUGGGGAAUGUACCAACACACGUGGCAGCUUUGCCUGUGUCUGCCAUGAGGGCUACAUCCUUGAUUCUUCCCGCAGCAGCUGUAUCUCCCACCACGUGAUCUCCGAGGUGAAAGCCCCCUGCUUCCGUGUACUGCGGGAUGGCCGAUGCUCUUUGCCAACCCUUCGGAACAUCACCAAGCAGAUCUGUUGCUGCAGCCGAGUGGGCAAGGCCUGGGGCUGGGCCUGCCAGCACUGCCCACCCUUCGGCUCAGAGGGAUUCAAGGACAUCUGUCCAGCUGGGCCUGGCUAUCACUACUCUGCCUCUGACCUCCGCUUCGACACUCGCUUCCUUGGCCAGGACCCCCCCAGGGUACCGAUCACCCAUCAGCAUGGGAGGCAGGAGCCUUCCCCCCAGGUGCCUCGGACAACAGCAGCACCAGCCCUUGUGGCUCUCCGGAGUGCCCCUCCCACUACACUGGUGGAGCACAUUCCUUGGCCCCUGCCCACUCGGUCCCCUGGAUCUGGGCCAGCUGCACCAAGUACAGAAGAGGCUGGGAGAGGGGUGUGCGAGCGACACCCCCAGGUGUGCGGGCCAGGACGUUGCAUUCCCCGCCAGGGGGGCUACACUUGUGUGUGUGAGCGUGGCUACUGGUUGAGCCCUCAAGGCACCCACUGUGUUGAUGUGGAUGAAUGUCGCGGCAGUCCGCACCCCUGUGCCAAUGGGCAUUGCCAGAACUCCCCAGGUGGUUUCAGCUGCAGGUGCCGCACAGGCUUUCAAGCUGACUCCUCCGGCAUGGAGUGCCAGGAUGUUGAUGAAUGUGCCCACGUGCCCCGACCCUGUACAGGUGGGCAUUGCCUCAACACCCUGGGCUCGUUCCGUUGCUCCUGUCCCAGCGGCUAUCAGCCUGACCCCUCUGGCGCUGAAUGUCGAGAUGUGGAUGAGUGCAAAGAGCGCCCUUCCCUCUGCCAACCUGGCCGCUGUGAGAACCUGCUGGGUGGAUAUCGCUGCAACUGCCCCAUCGGUUACCAGCCGAACCCACUGGGGACUCUGUGUGCAGAUGUUGAUGAAUGCCUGCAAAGCCCUCCGCCCUGUGGCUCUGGGCGCUGCGAGAAUGUGCCCGGUGGAUAUCGCUGCCUCUGCCCUGCUGGGUUCCGGGCCAGCCUGACGGAGAACCAGUGCCUGGAUAUUGAUGAGUGUGCAGCAGCAGGAUUGCCUUGCGGCCCUCAGGGGCGCUGCCUCAACACAGAGGGCUCCUUCCGCUGCCAGUGUGCCCAAGGGUACCGGACGGAGGGCGUGGGGGGUGUUUCCUGCAUGGAUGUUAACGAGUGCCUGGAGGGCAACUUCUGCUUCCCACGGGGUGAGUGCCUCAACACUGAGGGCUCCUACACCUGUCUGUGUGCCCAAGGCUUCACUGCAGCCCCCGACGGGACCUCCUGCGAGGACAUUGAUGAGUGCCUCACUGCUACAGUCUGUGCUGGGGGGCACUGUGCCAACACUGAAGGCUCGUUUGAUUGUUAUUGCCCCCCCGGCACCCGCAGCACACUCAGCAAAGCUUCCUGUGCAGACAUUGAUGAAUGCCAGGAGUAUGGGGCAGCCCUCUGUGGAACACAGCGCUGUGAAAACUCAGUUGGCUCAUACCGCUGUGUCGUGGCUUGCCAGGCCGGCUAUCGAACCAGUGCCACGGGAGACUGUGUUGAUAUUGAUGAAUGCCAGGAGUCCAGAGUGUGUGGAGAGAAGCAAUGUGAGAAUACGCUGGGCUCCUACCAUUGUGUGGCCACCUGCCAGAUAGGCUACCAAGCCACUGCUGCUGGGGACUGCAUAGAUGUGGACGAGUGUCAGAACAGUUCCACAUGUGGUGCCCAUUCCAUCUGCCACAACUUGCUUGGGUCCUUCCAAUGUAUCUGUGACCAGGGCUAUGAAAGUGCCAGGGAUGGACGGCAUUGCUUAGAUGUGAAUGAGUGUGAGACGCUACACGGGGUGUGUGGAACAGCACCAUGUGAGAACGUGGAAGGCUCUUUCCUGUGCAUCUGCCCCCAAGCUGGGGAAGAGUUUGACCCCAUGAUUGGCCGCUGCAUUGCUUUGCCUGGUGCCGCUCGUCCCCCAGCCCUCCCCAGGCAUCCGGAUGCUGUGCAGUCAGAGAAUGGUGACGGCCUGCGGCGCGAGUGCUACUAUGACCCAAACACUGUCCAGGCAUGUGAAGACAUUCUGUCCAGGAACGCCACCCACCAGGAGUGCUGCUGUAGUCUUGGCCAUGGGUGGGGCCUUGACUGCCACCUCCAGACCUGCCCCUCCUUGGGGACAGCCGAAUUCCAGGCUCUGUGUCCUCACGGCAGCGGAUACGCUACUGUCCUCAUCAGAAAUGUCCCAGCAGUCACAGAUGUGGAUGAGUGUGCCCUCUUCAGCUCCCAGGUGUGCAAGGGUGGGGUUUGUGUGAACAAGAUCCCUGGCUACUCCUGCUACUGCCCCAACGGCUACUAUUAUGAGACGCAGCACCUGGAAUGCAUUGAUAACAAUGAAUGUCUGGAUGAAGAAGCUGAGCCCUGUGUGGGGGGGCACUGCAUCAACACCAUUGGCUCCUAUUACUGCUCUUGCACUGCUCCCCUGGUGCUGGACCCCUCCCAGCGCCGAUGCGUGACCAACGAGAGCCACGGCUUGGAUGAGGACCUGGCCGUAUGCUGGCAGGAGGUGGGCCCGGACCUUGUGUGCCGUCGACCCCGCCUCGACCGUCGGGUGACUUACACGGAGUGCUGCUGUCUCUAUGGGGAGGCCUGGAGCAUGAACUGCGCUCUGUGCCCAGCCCGGGACUCGGAUGACUUUGAGGCCCUGUGCAAUGUCCUCCAGCGCCCCAGUUAUAGGUUGGGGCAGCCUGGCAGCCUGGGGGCACCCUUCGAAUACGGUGGAGGAGAGUUUCUGCCUUACGGCCCUGAUGUCUACGAUCCCCUGGCACAGCCUGGCCCUCUACUUCCCAACUAUGACGCUCUCCCUCGCGAGUCACUCUAUGGACCAUCCCCUUAUGAGGCAGCUGGCCUGGACGAUGCACCCUAUAGCGACGUGCAGCUGGAGAGCCCAGCUGAGGACCCCCAGGGUGGACACCUGCCUCGUAGUCCCUCUGACUCAGGCUGGCACUACCCGUCCCGUGGCCGUGGGCACUCCUAUCCCGAACGGCCCAGUCGGGCCAGCGAAGACUACCGUGAGUGGGUGACAAAGGGGGAGGGGGGAAGCUAUCAUUUGUAUGUUUGCAAAACAGCACAUGCAGGUGGAAGUGGUUAUGGGCUGGAAGGAAGAGGGGCCUUUGGGAGAGGAAGGUUUGAGGAGGGGGAAGCAGGAUGGGGGUCUUGGGCCAAGUCAAUGCAAAAGGGAAGCCUGCUUGUGUCUCUUGGUCUGUUAACAGCGGGCCGUUUUGGAGGCACCGGAGGGCUCCCAGCUGAGGAGUGCGGGAUCCUGAGUGGCUGUGAGAACGGCCAGUGUGUUCAGGUCGCCGACGGGUUCACCUGCUCCUGCAAUGAGGGCUACCGCCUCGACCCAACCCACAUGGCCUGCCGUGAUAUUGACGAAUGCAGGGAGAUGGCCAGGCUCUGCUCUGGCGGCCGCUGCCUCAACCUCGAUGGCUCCUACCGCUGUCUGUGCCCCCUUGGCACCGCGCCUACAGGGCAGCCCCCCCGCUGCCUCCACAUCCCCCGCAGCCGAGCCUGAGCUGGGGUGGGUGGGGAAUAUUUAUUACUUGUCCAGAUGGGAACGGAGGAAGGCGGUGCAGGUGAAAGGACCCUUUGCCCACCCCUCCCCCCUCAUCCUGCAGCCCCGGAGGAGCUGCGCAGGUGGCUAGUGCUCAGGAGAGGGGGGACUCCUCUGUUCCUGGUUAGCGCCAUGGGGUGAGGGGGGGUGGCCAAAAGGUUCCAAAAUGGGGUUGGGUCCCUCUUGCCCUUGGAAGACAGGGGCCCAUCUGGCUUCUUCCCUGCCUCGUCCCAGGAAGGGGAGGGUGCCUCUGACUGGAAACAUUUUCUGCCCCCUUUGUCCGUGUGUGCACUGGAAGGCAUGCCCCCCAUAGCCUUUCCUCAUCUGCUGAAGACCCAUGGAGGAGUUACCCUGCAGGGCCCUGGCAGGGGCAUAGGGGCCUCUGUGCAAGUGCCAGUCCUUCUCUGGGCCCACAGCGCUUUCGCAGAGGGUAUAGGAAUAGGGCCGAGUCCAGGUGAGUGCCCACAAGCAGACCGAGGGCAGCACGGAAGCCCAUACCCCAAACAUCUCCCGGGUACCUAUGCCUGUGAUGAGGAGAGGGGCCCUAUAGCUCACCACCUCUGCUCCCCCAGCUCCCCCUCCCUUGUCACUCCAACAGAUGCUUAAACUCCCUCGCGCAUCCAACGACCCCCCCCCACAACCCAGAUAGGGGUUGUCAGCCAGGGAGGGGGCUUUUUGGCAUCAUGCCAACUGGCGGCCACAGUCACUUCUUCACUGCUGUUACUAGACCAAUAAAUAUUUUCUAUAAAAGGA